AUGCAAUCUGAUUCGAACAAGCAAGAUUAUACUCAAAAAGACAACAAUUACAAUUUUGAAGGCGUCUAUCCAUCAUAUCAAGGAUCAAUACCACCUUAUUUACCAUAUCCUCAACAAUCAGUUAAUGGAACCAGUUAUGAAGCAUCAAGCAAAUCAAAUGUUGGGCGAACACCAUUACAUCAACAACAAGGUAUUAAUGUUACACGUGUCCAUCAACGAUUUCGGAAUAAUAAUUUAUUAACACCAAUUACAACUUUCAGUUUACAAUUGGCUAUUGUUGUGAAUUUUUAUUCAACAUAUUAUAAUGGCUUUUGGGCAGGUAUUUUUCUUGUUUUUGGAGGAAGUAUUAUGGUGAUUAUUGGAUUUCGACCAUCUUUUCCAUUGUUGGGUUUAAUGCGAUUGUAUAUAUUUACCUUGGUCUUCUCUACAAUGGGACUCACGUUUUCUAUCGUUGAUUAUUCACUGUCAGCUCGAUGUACUUCAAUAUCGUCACUAUAUUGUGAUGAUAGUUUAGCAAGUAAUUUAAAAGUAAUUCUUUUGGUUACAUUUACUGUUGCCCUUAUUCAUACUGGAAUCAAUAUGAUUGUCAUAUCGAAAGAACAGAAAACAAUAUUGAUACAAUCCAAUCCAAGAAAUUUAAGUAAUUAA